CUUAAGUGGGGCAAAAGAGAUUCCUACAGAUGGACGAUAUGAAAGAUCACAUCACCAUAGAUUCAACGGCAAAGAAUACGGAAGAGCAACUACAGGAACAAACACAAUAUGAAAGAGUACUCGUUUCAGUUACAGGAAAAGAUCGUCCUGGUGUUCUUUACGCUUUGCUUAAAACCGCAAACGACUUUCAAGUCGACGUGCUGGAUGUACAACAGUCAACAGUUCACCGUCGAGUAACUAUUGCAGUUGAGUUGGGCAUUCAUAGAAAUUGCCCUAAACAGCUUUCCAUAUAUCGACAAUUGUUGAUAGUUGCCAAAGAGAUGAAACUUCGCCUCGACUUUCAGCUAACUAACUUGCCUGAAGGUCACUACUCUUCCUCUUUCAUAGACGUUGCUUCAUCGAAUGCUUCUCGACGUCGUCAAUAUGCAAUUACUGUGUUGAGUAGAGAGGUUAUCACUCCCAAGUUUCUAGCUAACCUGGGAACUCUACUGAUUGAGCAAGGAUUAUCUAUGGAAAAGAUUCAAAGGUUAAGUGAGAAGACCUUACAGUGCUUGGAAAUAACGGUUUCCUCUCAUGGCACCUUCGAUGCCACAUUUUUGCACGUCUUUCGUAAGAAACUAUUUUCUCUUGGAAAGGAAUACCAAAUAGACAUUGCUAUUCAACCGGAAAAUAUAAUGCGUCGAAGUAAGCGUCUCGUAGUGAUGGAUAUGGAUAGUACGUUGAUUCAGCAGGAAGUAAUCGACGAACUUGCUCGAUAUGCAAAUGUAUUUGAAAAAGUAAAAGAAAUAACUUAUCGAGCAAUGAAUGGAGAAAUGGACUUUAAAGAAAGCUUAAGGCAGCGGGUCUCCUGUUUGAAAGGAACUCCCAUUUCCGUUUUUCAGAAAGUUAUUUCGAGUUUAAACUAUACAGAAGGUGCGCGUACAUUGUGUUCCACUUUGAAAAGGCUCGGUUAUAAACUUGCCGUUAUUUCGGGAGGUUUCGACUUUGUGACACAAUAUGUUAGACGUGAACUUUCAUUGGAUUACGACUUUGCUAAUCAAUUGGAGAUCGAUAGCAACGGUUGCCUUACUGGAAGAACUGUUGGCCCUAUUGUUGAUGCGCAGAGGAAAGCAGAUCUUCUCCAAACGCUUGCUCAAAUGGAGCAUAUCACUUGUGAUCAAGUGAUUGCGGUUGGAGAUGGAGCCAACGACCUCCCUAUGCUUUCAAAGGCAGGUUUGGGAAUAGCCUUCAACGCAAAGCCAGCAGUUCAAGAAGCAGCCAAUUUCCGAAUCAAUAUAAGAAAGCUCGACGCUAUAUUAUACUUUUUGGGUAUUCCAGAAAAGGAACAUUUAUCUCUAAGUCACAACACUACAUAAAAUACAAUUUCAAAAAAACAUCAGCUUUCUCUCAAACACGGCAAGGGAAUCUGUCUCGACAAUCUCGUCUCUUUCCUCUGGUGGAGACAAAACGUCUUCAAAAGUUAUUUCCUCGUCUCUUCCAAGUAUCGUGUCUAGUCCAGGUUGAGUCGUUUGAAAACCCGGUAGUUUAUGAAACUGUUUCAAAAUACGGCGUUCAAUAUCUAUUCU